UCUCACGCCUCUCCCGAAAGAAAAAAAAAAAAAAUCAUCUUGAGAAGCAAAGCGGUUGCCGUCGGAUCUAGGGUUUUGGUGCAGAGGUAUGCCGAAGAACAAGGGUAAGGGAGGUAAGAAUCGGAAGAGGGGAAAGAACGAAGCCGACGACGAGAAGCGCGAGCUUGUCUUCAAGGAGGACGGCCAGGAAUAUGCUCAGGUUACACGUAUGCUCGGUAACGGCAGAUGCGAGGCCACCUGUAUCGACGGCGUUAAGCGUUUGUGCCAUAUCCGUGGCAAGAUGCACAAAAAAGUCUGGAUCGCCGCCGGCGAUAUUAUACUCGUCGGCCUCCGUGACUAUCAAGAUGACAAGGCUGAUGUAAUUUUGAAAUACAUGCCCGAUGAAGCGAGGCUAUUGAAGGCUUACGGUGAGCUGCCGGAGACAACUAGGCUUAACGAGGGUAUAGGUGGAGUUGACGAAGAAGAUGAUGGCCCCGGUGACGAUUACAUUGAAUUCGAAGACGAAGACAUCGACAAACUCUAGACGAGAGAGUUUGUUUGCGAAACCAUGGUACACUUUGUUUUAAGGUUUCCAUUUGUUUUGUCUUGAAAAAAAAAGUAUAAUAUCUAUCACCUCUUUCGGUUCUUUAUUAGGAUACAAGAAGAAAAAUUAGAGGGGUUAUCGUAUUUGUAAUGUUUUCGAGUAAUAUGAUAAAAAGCUUUAUUUGCGAGUUUUUUCAUGUAUGAGUGUGACACAAUAUGCAAGGGUUGGAAUAACAAAGUAGCUUCUACAUCCUUCGUUUCGAGUUUUUUUUUUUUUUAAAUUGGUGAUUACUGGAAAGUUUCCUCAUGAUUGUGGCUGAAUGAGUGGUCUUCAUCUG